AUGGAUAUGCCGGGACCAAGCAAUUUUCAUCCUAUUCCAUGUAAAAAUUUCUAUGGUGUGGAUACCGAGGAAGAACUGGGAGGGGACGAGAGUGACCUUGGAAGCAAUGUAAAUCCGGAAGAAGAGAUUAGAGAUGAUGGCGAAAGAGAUACCGAUACUGAGCAGAGUGAUGAUGAAAGUGGGGAUGAUCCUGCAAGUGAUAGUUCUACUUCUGAAGACGACAUUCCAUUGCUCUAUCGAGGAUCUUAUAACGGCAAAGACAAAACUAAGUGGAAGAAGGCUGAGCCAACACAGUCAAUUCGGACGAGACGUCAAAAUAUUGUUACACAUUUACCAGGUACCAAAGGCGCUGCUAGACAAGCUGAUACGCCACUGAAAGCUUGGCAGUGUUUUUUUGCUGAUGAAUUGUUGCUAAAAAUUGUUGAAUAUACAAAUAUUUAUAUUCGUAUUAUAAGAGAUAAAUACAAACGUGAAAGAGACGCUAAAACACAAAUUUGGAAGAGAUAA